AUGUCUAUCCUUGCCUUGGUUGAGGAUCGACCUACCCCCAAGGAGGUUUACAACUGGAGAAUCUACCUUUUGGCUGCGGUAGCCUCCUUCACAUCAUGCAUGAUUGGUUAUGAUAGUGCCUUCAUUGGCACCACCCUGGCUCUCGGAUCGUUCAGAGAGGAAUUCGAAUUCACUACUAUGGAACCAGCGGCUGUCAACCGGGUGAGUGCCAACAUCGUGUCCUGUUACCAAGCAGGUGCCUUCUUUGGCGCCUUUUUCGCAUACCCUAUCGGUCACUUCUGGGGGAGGAAAUGGGGUCUGCUAUCUGCCGCCGCCAUUUUCACCUUGGGCGCUGGUCUCAUGCUCGGGGCCAACGGCGAUCGGGGACUGGGACUGAUUUACGGAGGGCGAGUCCUGGCCGGCAUUGGAGUCGGAGCUGGUUCGAAUAUCACGCCUAUCUAUAUCUCCGAACUCGCCCCUCCCUCUAUCCGAGGACAUCUGGUCGGUGUCUACGAGCUGGGUUGGCAGAUUGGUGGUCUGGUGGGCUUCUGGAUUAACUAUGGAGUCAGUGAGACUCUCGCUCCCAGCCACAAACAAUGGAUCAUCCCCUUCGCUGUCCAGCUCAUCCCAUCUGGCCUCCUCCUCAUCGGUGCGGUGUUCCUUCGCGAGUCUCCUCGUUGGCUUUUCUCCAGUGAUCGUAGAGAAGAGGCCAUUGAGAAUCUCUGUUGGAUUCGUCAACUGCCCGCGGACCAUAUCUAUAUGAUUGAGGAGAUUGGAGCGAUUGACCAAGCCUUGGAGGAGCAGCGCAGCACAAUCGGUCUUGGAUUCUGGAAACCAUUCAAGGCUGCCGGAACUAACAAGAAGGUUAUGUAUCGGCUGUUCCUUGGAAGCAUGCUGUUCUUCUGGCAGAAUGGUUCUGGAAUCAAUGCCAUUAACUAUUAUAGUCCUACCGUGUUCAAGAGCAUUGGUCUCCGGGGCACCAACACGGGUAUGUUCAGUACCGGCAUCUUCGGCGUGGUCAAGACUGUGGUUACCUUCAUCUGGCUUCUCUACCUGAUUGACCGGAUGGGACGACGUCUUCUGCUCCUCGUCGGUGCGGCCGGUGCCUCAGUCUGCUUGUGGAUUGUCGGCGCAUAUAUCAAAAUUGCGAAUCCCGCGAAGAACGGCAAUGGAGAGAUGACCGGCGGUGGUAUCGCCGCCAUGUUCUUUUUCUAUCUAUAUACCGUCUUUUACACACCGUCGUGGAACGGCACACCUUGGGUGAUGAACUCGGAAAUGUUCGAGCCCAACAUGCGGUCUCUGGCGCAGGCCUGCGCUGCCGCUUCCAACUGGCUCUGGAAUUUCCUCAUCUCCCGGUUUACUCCCCAGAUGUUCGACAAGAUGGGCUAUGGGGUGUGGUUUUUCUUCGCAUCGCUGAUGCUCUGCUCCAUUGUCAUCGUGUUCUUUUUGAUUCCUGAAACCAAGGGCAUUCCUCUGGAGAGCAUGGAUGCUCUCUUUGAGACGAAGCCGAUCUGGCGUGCUCACGGAAUUGUCCUGGCCAAGCUUCGCGAGGACGAGGAACAAUUCCGUCAGGACAUCGAGGAGUCUGGCUACACCAAGUCAGGCGAGCAGCGGUUGGAGAGCGUCCAGCCCAAAGAGGCUUGA